ACGGGAGGCCCGGGAAUGGCUCGAGGCAGCGCGCCUGCCUGGCGUGUCCGAGGUCUCAGGUUCGAGCCCCGGCUGGAUCUGGCUAGAAAGAGCGCAGGGUCGCCACCUCCCUCCGCGGGAGCAGGAGACUGGGGCUGGCAGGGCAAGGAAGGGGCUUCCUGGCGUUGGCGAGCCUGUGCCGGGGAGUUCGCGGCUUCUCCUGUUCAACGCCGCCAGUCUCCCAGCCUGGCCUCGGGCCUUCCUGCUUGCUGAAAAGAUUUGCGGACUGCAAGUACCGUGCAACGUGCCCAAGAACACCUUCCUUGCCUUGUGAGACUGAAAGGAGGGGCUCCUCACUUGCUCUUGAAAUGGACGUGCCUGACUCAGCGGGGCAGCGAUUGGGCAAAAGCCCUGAUGCCAUCCAGGCUGUGAGCAGCGGGCUGUUCUGGGAGAAGACAGUUCCAAAGAUUUUUGGAGUGGACCCAGCCAGCUCAGGUGUGCAGCUCCAGUGGUUCAGGCAGUCCCGCUACCGGGAGGUCGAGGGCCCCCGAGAGGUUUGCAGCCACCUGCACAGUCUCUGCCGUCAGUGGCUGAAGCCAGAAAGGCACACGAAAGCUCAGAUGCUGGACCUGGUCAUCCUGGAGCAGUUCUUGGCUGUCCUUCCACCGGAGAUGGAGAGCUGGGUGAGGGAAUGCGGAGCGGAGACCACUUCCCAGGCGGUGGCCCUGGCUGAAGGUUUCCUCCUGAGCCUGGCAGAGGAGAAGAAGCAGGCAGAGCAGCAGGCCCAAGGGGGCAUCGUGCAGGUGGCCGUUGAAUCCUCUGAAUCAAGGGACGAUCUGUCAAUAACCAGUCAGAAGCUGCUCUUUGGGGGAACCAAACUUGGGACUCAUCACUGGUUCUCACCGGAGAACCAAACUUGGGACUCAUCACUGGGGAAUGGAAUAGCACCACUGACGCUCACUGAAACGUCUCCCUUUCAUGGCGGAGCAGGAAGGAGCCCUGAGCAGCCAGCUCAGGUUCCAGUGUCCUUUGAGGAGGUGGCUGUAUAUUUCACCAAUGAAGAGUGGGCUCUGCUGGAUUCCAGUCAAAAAGCCCUGCACAGGGAAGUCAUGCUGGAGAAUUCUAGGAGUGUGGCCUCUCUCGAUGAGGGGUGGGACAGUAUGAACGAUGACGGACUAUAUGUGGUGUCACUGGAGAGAGAGAAGCAUCAAGAGAUGGACGAGAACUUCAAAAAUCAAAAUGGACUGAAUACACAGGAAAAAAACCAAAUGGAGAAGUGGAGGAAUAAAUCUUGGUUGGGCAACUUUCAUGAAAUCCCAACUCAGCAAGAAAAACAAAAGGGAAAGAAAAAGAAUGUUUGCUCAACGUGUGGGAAAAUCUUCAGCCGCAAAUCACACUUCAAUGUCCACAUGAGAAUCCACACAGGUCAGAAGCAGCAUAAAUGUUUGGAUUGUGGAAAGAGCUUCAGGCAGAGAGCACACCUUACCUCCCAUCAAAGAAUUCACACAGGAGACAGGCCAUAUAAAUGUCUACAGUGUGGGAAGAGCUUCAGGGAGCGUGCACACUUUACUGUGCAUCAAAGAAUUCACACUGGGGAAAAACCGUAUCAGUGUUCAGAGUGUGGAAAGAAAUUCAGUAGGAGCACAAACCUCGCUUCCCAUUUAAGGAAACACACAGGAGAGAAACCAUAUAGAUGCCUGGAAUGUGGAAAGAGCUUCAGGCAGCUUGCAUACCUUACUUCACAUCAAAGAAUCCACACAGGAGAGAAACCAUAUCGAUGUUCAGUGUGUGGAAAGAGCUUCAAUAGGAACACAAAUCUCACUGCCCAUCUAAGAAAACACACAGGAGAGAAACCAUAUAAAUGCUUAGUAUGUAAUAGGAGCUUUUGUGAUAAAUCAGGCUUCAAUAUACAUCAGUUAAUUCAUUCAAAGGAUAAGCCCCAUAAAUGUUUGGUAUGUGGUAGAAGUUUUAUUCGACGUUCACAGCUUACUUCGCAUGAAGGAAUCCACACAGGGGAGAAACCAUAUAAAUGCUUGGUGUGUGGCAAGAGCUUCCAUCGGAGCUCCAAUCUUACUUCCCACCAAAGAAUCCAUGCAGGAGAGAAGCCUUAUAACUGCUCAGAAUGUAGCAAGAGCUUUUAUGAUAAAUCACGCCUUCUUAUACACCAAAGAACUCACACAGAUGAAAAGCCAUAUAAAUGCCUGGAGUGUGGAAAGAACUUCAAGUGGCAUACAAACCUUGCUUCUCAUCAGAGAACACACACAGGAGAAAAGCCCUAUAAUUGCAUGGAGUGCAACAAGAGCUUUUAUGAUAACUCCCACCUUCUUACACACCAAAGAAUCCACACAGGAGAGAAACCCUAUCACUGCUCGGAGUGUGGAAAGAGCUUCAGUCAGAGCUCAAGCCUUACUUCCCAUCAAAGAGUCCACACAGAAGAGAAACCAUAUCAUUGCAUGGAGUGUGGAAAGAACUACACUCAGAGGAGAAACCUUAUUAGACAUCAAAAAAUCCACUCGGGAGAAAAAACAUAUCAGUGCCUGGAAUGUGAAAAGAGUUUUUACGAUAGGUGUAUGCUAAAGAGACAUCAAAGAACUCACAGAGGGGAAGGGGAACCCCUAAUGUCUUGGAGUAUUGAAAUAGCUUCCGAUGGUGAACCAAUUUUACUUCCCCUCAGAGGAUUCAGCCAGGAAAACCAGUAUUUAAUUUGAGAUUCACAAAUUGCUCCUUACAGUCAAUAGAGAAUUCACAUAGGAGAGAUGCUUCCUCCUCUCUUCCUAGAUAAAUGCUUGGGGUAUGGAACAGCUUCUGUCACUGUUAACUAUAUUAAUGCAUUAUCAUCAUCAUUAUUUUCUGAGAAAUUGAACAUUAAUGCAGCCCUUACCUGACGGACCUGGGUUGUAACAGCUAUCCUUUCUAAAGUGAGAGCAGGGUCCAUAUUUCUUGACUUGGACUUGUAAUCUCUCAUAGCCUGCAGGGUACUUUUUGUCAUCCCCUCCCCCAGCAGCAGGGAGAUACAGGUAAGCAACCAGAGAAAGAAAGUGCCUUCCAAUUGAGUCUUCCCCUUGUCUCUGCUCCCUUGCCUCCCCCCCACCUGCCCUCUUCGUAUGAGACAACACUAGCAUCUGAGCAGUUUCCAGAGGGAGCACAAAAUCGUGCUAGAAAAGAAUGAUUUAACAAGUUUACACCUUGGACUGAGAAAUGGAGUAGAAAAUCUUUCCUCUUCCUCUUAGUUCAUCUUUUCUGUGUUUGUAUUUCUGCAGAAAAAGUUCUUAUGGUAUGCUAAGCAAGGGAAUGAAUCAUCAUGCUUUGCAGAGGCAGGAAGUUUGCAUAGAAAAGGAGGUUACCAUAAACACUGUAUGGAGGGAGGUACAAGUUUCCUAUGAUGCUUACAGGGCAAACCUCUGUAUGUCUACUGAGAAUUCCUAUUAAGUUUAUUUGGGAUGGUGUUCCUUUGGGCAUUCUCUCUGGUUAAAAAGGAAUUUAAUAAACAUGAACAUAGAAAGAGACUGAAGGAUCAUCAGCUGUUCCAGUGUUAAUGGAUGGUCCAUCUGGGUGACCUGGUGUUCCAUUCUCAGAGCCUUGGGAUCUUCUGGAGGGAUUGUCGUUGCUUUCAAAUGUGCUUUUCAGCUGCUAAAGUCCAGCUGCUCUUUGAAACACAUUCAGCACAUAAUGACUACAUUUAUCUGCACCUGAUACAUUUCUGUUAAAUCCACUUAUUAUGAAUUAGUCCAUUUAUUCAUCAGUCUAUAGGAGAGAUGGGACUACAUUGGCUGUGCUGGAAGAUCAGCUCCAUCAGGCUCCCACGUCUGUCAUCCACAGCACAUAUUCCAUCAGGCUUUGAGAAAGGGAGAGUGAUGGGGACUACAGGUCAUCUCCACUGCUCUGCUGAAAAAUCUUUGGUUCCUCUCUGAAUGUUUCUAUUACUGCUGUUCAUUACUAGCUCUCUGGUAAAUUGGUGCCUGAGCUUGCUUCUUUCGUCCUCCCUCCCAGUUCCUUUUAUGUUGUGUCUCUCAGAUUGUGAGCUGAGUGCAGGAACUCUUUUGUCAUUGAUAUGUCAGCUGGGGAGCUUUUUUUCACCUGAAGAGCAGUAUAAAAAUGCCAGUAAUGAAGAAGUGGGCAUGCAGAUACAUUUGGAUCAACCUCUCUUUUUAUUUAUUUUUUGGAUACAAUAAAAUUGUACAAAUCAUA